AUGUCCCCGCAGCGAGGCGAAGCCCCUCGGGAGCAGCCCCUGGAGCAGCCGCAGCCCGUGGUCCUGAGCACUCACAGUCCCGCCGCUCUCAAAGUGGGCACGCAGCAGAUCAUCCCCAGGAGUUUGGCUUCCGAGAUAAAGGUGGCGAGCAAAGCCAGCAGCCAGACCGUGGAGGCCAGUAAGAGGGUGCUGAAGGCGCGCAGCAUGGUGGAGAGCCUCGGAGUGCCUUUGGUGGCCGACGCUGAGGAGGAGGCCGAGGGCGACCUGGACAGCCCAGGGGCCCUGAGGCGAGGCCUGAGGUCGACAUCUUACCGCAGAGCCGUGGUGAGCGGCGUGGACUUCGACAGCCUCUCCAACUUUAAGAAGAAAAACAGAAUGUCCCAGCCGGUACUUAAAGCGGUAGUUGAAGAUAAAGAGAAAUUUUCGAGCCUGGGGAGGAUAAAGAAGAAAAUGCUGAAAGGACAAGGCACGUUUGAUGGGGAAGAAAAUGCUGUGUUAUAUCAGAACUAUAAAGAAAAAGCUUUGGACAUAGAUUCUGAUGAAGAGUCUGAGCCCCGAGAACAGAAGUUGGAUGAAAAGAUUGUUUUUCAGUUUAAGCCUCUGAGAUCAACAUGGAGUCAGCUGUCUGUUGUAAAGAAGAAUGGGUUAUCAGAAGCCAUCAGCCAGGAAGAAAGAAAAAGACAGGAGGCAAUAUUUGAAGUGAUAUCAUCUGAGCAUUCUUAUUUGCUGAGCUUGGAGAUUCUGAUCCGGAUGUUUAAAAAUUCCAGGGAAUUGAGUCUCACAAUGACCAAAACGGAGAGCCACCACCUCUUCUCUAACAUCACGGAUGUUUAUGAAGCAAGCAAAAAGUUCUUCAAAGAGCUUGAAGCGAGACAUCAGAACAACAUCUUUAUUGAUGAUAUUAGUGAUAUAGUUGAGAAGCAUUCUUCUUCAACAUUUGAUCCGUAUGUAAAAUACUGCACCAACGAGGUCUACCAGCAGCGGACACUGCAGAAGUUACUAGCCACCAAUCCAGCAUUUAAAGAGGUGUUGUCACGGAUCGAGUCCCAUGAAGAUUGCCGGAAUUUACCAAUGAUCUCGUUCCUCAUUCUUCCCAUGCAGAGAGUUACUCGUCUGCCCUUACUGAUGGAUACUAUUUGUCAGAAAACUCCAAAGGAUUCAUCAAAAUAUGAGAACUGCAAGCAAGCUCUGAAAGAAGUGAGCAAGCUAGUGCGUUUGUGCAAUGAAGGCGCUCGGAAAAUGGAGAGGACAGAAAUGAUGUACACCAUUAACUCCCAACUGGAAUUUAAAAUCAAGCCAUUUCCAUUGGUUUCCUCUUCACGAUGGUUAGUGAAAAGGGGUGAACUAACAGCAUACGUAGAAGACACCGGGCUCUUUUCUAAAAGAACUUCUAAACAGCAGGUCUACUUCUUCCUCUUCAAUGAUGUCCUCAUUAUCACCAAAAAGAAGAGUGAAGAGAGUUAUAAUGUCACAGACUAUUCUUUGAGGGACCAGCUGGUGGUACAACAGUGCGACAGCGAAGACCUGACUUCUUCUCCGGUGAAGAAUGCUUCGACGAUGCUGUCCUCGCGGCAGAGCUCUGCCGCUCACAUCUUCCGGCUGGAGGUCCUCAGCAACCACGCGGGGGAGAGGGUGGAGAUGCUCCUGGGAUCAGAGACGCUGAGUGACCGAGCUCGCUGGAUCACAGCGCUUGGAUGGGACAGAGACGGGCAGACAACGGACAGGACGACUUUGACUCAGGUAGAGAUCAUCAGAACUUACACAGCAAAGCAGUCGGAUGAACUCUCUCUUCAAGUUGCUGAUGUUGUUUUGGUUUAUCAAAAAGUAAAUGAUGGUUGGUACGAAGGGGAACGGCUGCGGGAUGGCGAAAGGGGCUGGUUCCCCAUGGAGUGUGCUAAAGAAAUCACCUGUCGUGCCACCAUUGACAAGAACAUGGAGCGGAUGGGACGCUUACUCGGACUCGAAACCAACGUGUAG